GAGUUAGGAUGGCGGGACGACCUAGGAAAACCCUGGCUGUCUGCUGUAGGCCGAGAGUCAGACAGCUGUGCAGGCUGUCCUGUGUAGAAGUGAGCUCACAGAUGCUGGAAUGAAGUGGAUAUAAGAACCCUUAGGUUAAAGGAGGGUUUUGACGGCGAAUGAAGCAUCUUCGGAGGCCUCUUAGUCACUUGGAGUGUGAACAGCAUCCAGGCAUAGAAAAGUGCCGUGCAUAGCAACGGAGCCGCAGCAGCUGCUGGCCUUGCACAGAAGCAGCCUCUUCUGCCAACCCUUCCUCAUUCUUUGGAGAUGGCGGGUGAAAUCACAGAGACCGGGGAGCUCUACUCUCCUUAUGUCGGGCUGGUGUACAUGUUUAACCUUAUUGUGGGCACAGGCGCGCUCACCAUGCCCAAGGCCUUUGCCACCGCCGGGUGGCUCGUCAGCCUCAUCCUGCUGGUGUUCCUGGGCUUCAUGAGCUUUGUGACAACCACCUUUGUGAUGGAGGCCAUGGCUGCAGCCAACGCCCAGCUCCGCUGGAAGAGGAUGGAGAUCCACAAGGAAGAAGAAGAAGAAGACUCCUCCACGGCCUCAGACAGUGACAUCCUCACUCAAGACAACUAUGAGCGGGCAGAGAAACGGCCCAUCCUGUCUGUGCAGAGACGCUCAUCAGCCAGCCUUUUUGAAAUCACAGACCGGGUGGAAAUGGGGCAGAUGGCUUCCAUGUUCUUCAAUAAAGUGGGGGUCAACUUGUUCUAUUUCUGCAUCAUUAUUUACCUGUACGGAGACCUUGCCAUCUACGCUGCAGCUGUGCCCUUGUCCCUCAUGCAGGUGACCUGCAGUGUGUCUGGAAACGACUCCUGUGGCGUGGACACAGAUACCAAAUACAACGACACUGAUCUGUGCUGGGGGCCCCUGCGCCGGGUGGAUGCCUACCGGAUCUAUCUGACUGUCUUCACCCUCCUCCUUGGACCUUUCACCUUCUUCGACGUCCAGAAGACUAAGUACCUGCAGAUCUUGACCUCUCUGAUGCGAUGGAUCGCUUUCGCCAUCAUGAUUGUGCUGGCCCUGGUGCGCAUCGGGAACAGGCAAGGAGAGGGGCACCCACCCCUGGCCAACUUCUUGGGAGUCCGGAACCUGUUUGGGGUAUGUGUCUACUCCUUCAUGUGCCAGCACUCCCUGCCAUCCCUCAUCACCCCCAUCUCCUCCAAGCGCCACAUCACACGCCUGGUGUUCCUGGACUACGCAUUGAUCCUGGCCUUCUACGGACUUCUCUCCUUCACGGCCAUCUUCUGCUUCCGUGGCGACAGUCUCAUGGACAUGUACACCCUCAAUUUUGCAAGGUGCGACGUUGUGGGCCUGACUGCCGUCCGAUUCUUUCUGGGCCUCUUCCCCGUGUUCACCAUCAGCACCAACUUCCCUAUCAUUGCGGUGACCCUGCGCAACAACUGGAAGACACUCUUUCACCGUGAGGGUGGCACGUACCCGUGGGUGGUAGACCGUGUGGUGUUUCCCACCAUCACGCUGGUGCCUCCCAUUCUGGUAGCCUUCUGCACCCAUGACCUGGAGUCCCUGGUGGGCAUCACAGGAGCCUACGCAGGCACUGGCAUCCAGUAUGUCAUCCCUGCCUUCCUGGUGUACCUCUGCCGCAAGGACACCCAGCUGUCCUUCGGCUACGGAACUGUCAACAAGCAUAGGUCCCCGUUCCGCCACACCUUCUGGGUGGCCUUUGUGCUACUGUGGGCUUUCUUCUGCUUCUUCUUUGUCACAGCCAACAUUGUCCUCAAUGAGACCCAGCUCUGAUGGCAGGACGUGUCUGACAACAGGAGGCAGGGCCAGCCUAGUCCCGGCCUCCUCGCCUCAUCAGGAUUUAGCUGCCACCCAGGUCUCCGUGAGCAUGCUAGCCUGGGGCUCUUGGGGAAGUCCUACUACAUCUCCAGCUGGUGUCUUCUCCUGCAGGACAGCCCACCUGCCUGGGAACGUGGCUGUCCCCAGAUUCUUCGAUGGACCCAGUCUGUCACACAUGUUCCUCCACUCCUGCCCCUGGAGGCUGUGGGGGAGACAGCGUGGGCACUGCUGCUAUUUAUACUAGACCCCAGACCCCUCCUGCAUCCGCGGCCGUCCACUAGCAGCUGCUGCCUCUUCAAAGGCGAGUCCCAGACCCUGGCUCUCCAAGCCUGGCCUGCUUGUGAUGGUCCUGAAAGUUGCUAAGUAUUCCUCCUGUGGGAGGCCUGGCCAGUUCUGGUGACAAGGACAGGAAGUGCUAAUUGGCACCAAGGUCCCUAGACAAGAGCUGUGAGAGCUUUUGCUGUGGGUGCCAGCUCUGGUGUGACAGACAGAUGAAGCAUCCCUUCCAUGGGGUGUAAAACCCUUUCAGGGACCCUCUGUUCCGCUGCUUCUCCUUCAGAGCCCAGGGACCUCCUGGAGUGCAAGGCACUACUUGAGAGGCUGCCCUCACCACCCACCCACACCAUAGUGGCUAACUGGCCUGGACUUACGGCAGGGAAAAAACAGAGUGCCCCUCUGCAAAAGGUCAAGCCUGUGUUCUGCAGCCCAGCUUGCUCCCAUGCUGCAUUGCAACACUAAGGUGGUGCCCUUAGGAGCCUGGUCAUGGGUGCGCCAUGGCCAGAUGCUCCAGGUGGCUGGCUAUCCUGGAGCUGGAGGAGAUGAAGGAGGCCAGGUCCCCAGCCGCUUCCUAGCUGGUCACGCAUGUACCCACUAGGCCCAAUGCCUUGGAAUGAGGAGUGAUUUAAUGAACUGCAUUUUCGAUGUGCCUUCUGCUUCGGGCACCAGGGAUCCCUCCUGACCCUGACUUGCCCCAACCCUGGGCCUAGUCCUGCCUCUCCUGGACAGACCCGCCUCUGGGGUUAAAAGGUCUCAGACCACUGCCCCUCCCUCUUGAUUUCAGUGCCUUGCUCCACCCUCAUGAGGGAACUUGCGCCAGCUCCCCCUUCCCUUCCACAUUCUGCCAUAUUCAGCGCUUGAGCUCCGCUGUGCUGUUGGAUGUCCCAGGUCCCAGGGGUCUGUGCAGAACCUGCAAGGAAUGGGGGACCUGCUGGCAGCACCUGCUACCUCUGGCCCCAGCAUCCCUGCCUCUAAGACUCUCUAGGUCGCCAUGGGCCUGUCCACAGCUUUCUCACCGCGGUCCCACGUCAGUAGUUGUUUAAGCAUCGUCAUUGCCCGUCCACAUGGAAAACAGACAUCUCUACAGCCACCUGCCAUUGCAGCAUCUUCCUAGGAGACCCUGCCCCAGGGUGGGCCAGGUGGGGAGAGUGGUACAGAAGCAGGGCCAGGGCGGAGACUGCACAUCCUCCUGUGCUCAGGCUGCUUGAGGAGAACUCAAUUAAAACAUCUGUACUCAUCCUUCUCCCUCUUGCUUAAGGACAAAGCAAAUUAAAUCAUCUUCCUGCAACACACACACCUCAUCCCGCCCCCAGGCUCCAAACCAAAUUUUGGUGGAAAAUUUAUUAGCAUCAUAAAGCCCAGGUUGAUUUAUGUGGCAAUCUGGAGCCACACAUGGCAGUGGAAUGUGCCCCUCCAUCUCCAAGUUAAGUUAGGGAAGCCCCAGCCGAGAGGGGAGGGACCCAGCGACCACUGACGCCAAGCCCUCCCCACUGCCCGUCUGGGUUCUCUGCUCUUUCAUCUCCACCUACUUACUUACUGACUGGUCGACUAGAAGUCACAUGAGGUCACCUUCUUUACCCCACCAGGCCACUGCCUCUCAGAGAACAUUGGGGCACAGAGGAUGUGAAGGGCUUACCAUUCCUGGGUGUGGGUGUCACCUGUUCCCCCACAGGCAUCAAGCAUAUUAAAUGUGUUUUAUAUCCCCCGGGUAAGGUGAUAGGCCAGGCCAAGAUGUCUGUUUGCUAAGAGGCCCUGAGGUUAGUGGCCGGGAGGACAGCAGAGGAGCCCAGGCUGGCCCCACAUCCGAGUCUCCCUGGAGGAAGCCUCCAACUCAGCAGCCGUCACUGCCAUCUCUGCAUCGCUCCUGACCAGUCCCAGGGGCAGGCCAGGUCAAGGAGAAGUGAGCAUGCUCCACCAAAGCACCAGACCCAGCUGAGCACUGGAACACAGUGCCAGGAGCUCUGGCUACGCCUCACCUGAGGCCGGUAGCUGGGCCAGAUGGCAGGUGACAGGCUGGGAGGCACUGCUGAGGGACAAAAAGUGGCAGUGGGCACCGGGCCAGGCCCAAGGCCACACAGCUGUCCUCUCCACAUGGGACCAAGAGCGGCCUCAGCAACAGGCAGUGCUUGCCUUGGGGACCCAAAGAGAAGUAGCCAGUGGUUCCAGACCCAGGAGCAGAAGAAAGCUGGGCCCUGCAUACCGACUGUUGCCAGGGGCCACUGAGAGACUGGCUUUCAAUAGCCAGGCUGCAGGCAAGCCCUGCCAACCUUUCUCCCGGGGGCAUGCUGCAUGCCUGGCACAGUGUUGGGUCCAUGGUGAGGACCAUACUGUCAGACCCUGUGGCCCCUAAGCAGUAAGCAUCUGUAACCGUCCCUCUUCUAGGUACCUUCUGGUCGUAGGUCAUGGGAACGAAAGGACUGAACUUAGCCCAGCACCAAAGUCCUUAAUAAAGCUGCUACCACCGAC